AUGAACCCAUCAUGCAGCACAUCAUGGCACAAUCCCGCGCUUGGGCAGCCAUCUGGAGCCUGUCGGGAAGCAGAACUGACCAGACACUCAGACAUUCGAGGCUUGUUGGUAGGUGUGGGAGGGGCGAUGUGGGCGGGCGGCAAGACACUGAGACACCAGGCCAUUUUGCGACUCAAGGCCCUGGUACAGAACAAAGAGGUCCUUCCCUGGACGGACCAGUCCAGAGACCCGUCAGUCGCCAACCCAGAGUUGUCGAUGGCUCCACGGAACUGCAAGGUCCCCUGGAGGAUUCUCACGUUCUGCUGCUACUGUAGCUCUAAAACGUGCGUCAAGUCAUCUCUAUCCCGUACUCCGGAGCUGGGUCUCGACGUCUCUAAAACACUGGCCCGGGCUAGUGCUGGGCUGUGGCCCGUUUGGGUCCUCUUGUUGUUCUCCGUUGCUGAUCCCAGCCACUCUGCAUCUGACCUUAGCUACCUAAGGCACGUUGGGAACUCUGGGUACUUGGCUUUACUAGUGUAG